GCUGGUCGCCUGCUGAUACGGAAAUUAAUUGCAGAAAAGUUGUGCAUACCUUGGAAUGAAAUACACUUGCAAAGGACAUCAAAAGGAAAACCUUUCCUGGCAAAUAAUGUAUUUGGUAUCUAUUCGAAUUACAACUUCAAUGUCUCUCAUCAAGGAGAUUAUGCGGUUCUGGCAGCUGAGCCUGAGCUUCAAGUUGGCAUUGAUAUUAUGAAGACUGAUUUACCAGGCAGUAGCUCAAUUCCAAAUUUCUUUCGCAUCAUGAAGCGACAGUUUACUGAAACAGAGUGGGAUGUAAUCAAGUCUAUGAGUAAUGAAUGGAUGCAACUGGAUAUGUUUCAUCGGCAUUGGGCCUUAAAGGAAAGCUUCUUAAAAGCUAUUGGAGUCGGAAUUGGCUUUAACUUGCAAAGAAUUGAAUUUAAUGUGUCCCCAUUGCAACUGGAAAUAGGGAAGGUGUAUAAGGAGACAAAAAUGCUUCUGGAUGGAGAUAAAGAAGAAGAGUGGACAUUUGAGGAAACCCGGUUAGAUGACCGUCAUCAUGUUGCAGUGGCUCUUGGGAAACAGGAUGAAUUGGUACAGAAUCAUUCUGAUGUAUGUUCCAUGGAGCCUAACCAACCGCAGUUUACAUUAUUGACUUUUGAAGAUUUAGUUGCAUCUGGUAUUCCAGUCACACCUGAGGAUUCUACGUAUUGGGAUAAUUUUUGUUCUAAGCAGGAGAGUCCAGUGAAACAGAAUUCACAUUGA